AUGCCUAAUGGUGUCGAUGCCAUCGACCUCGUUAACCUUCACUAUGCCGACCUCGUCCGCAAUAUGCGGAAGCUUGUGGGCAGUAACAAGCUGUCCAGCGGAAAGCCCAGCUCGCGAUCCCGCCGCAGACGAGAGCUCCAACGCAUCCUACACUGGAUAUGGGAUGUAGCUGUUCAUCCGGUCCUUUCACACCUAGGGUAUCUCACCCCCGGUCAUGCCACUAACUCAGACCUACCACGCGUAUGGUGGCUAUGCACCGGCUAUAUGGGCCUAGCACCCCUGCACGCAGCAGGCCAACCCCAGGGUCCAAGCACCUCCGAUUUCGUCAUAUCAAGCUACACCCCUACCAUAAAAGCCCUCCAACAUGCCCGCGAAAUCAGUCGCAACCGUCAUCUGGAAGUCAAUCCGCAACUUCUCAUGAUUGAAAUGCCCGAAACGCCCGGAAAAGCAGCCCUUAACACAACCGCAGAGCUCGCCGCUAUCUCCCAAACCGUCCGCCCACUCAUCCCACAUCCAACAAUUCUCUCCAAUCCGAGCAAGCGAGCAGUCUGCGAAGCUAUAGCAGCCUAUCACCUGGUUCAUUUCGCCUGUCACGGCCACGCAAAUGCACUAGAGCCCGCGGCAGGCGGUUUGUUCCUCGGACCUGCUCCGGUCCAUGGAGCCGAUGGACAAGCUCCUGCAGAGCUUCUCACUAUCAAUGAACUAACACACGUCUCUCAUCCCCGUGCACAGAUAGCUUAUCUAUCGGCUUGCUCGACGGCAGAGAACGCCAGUGAUUCGCUCAUCGAUGAGGCCAUCCACUUGGCCGGCACCUUCCAGUUACUGGGGUUCCCGCAUGUGAUCGGGUCAUUAUGGGAGGCGAAUGAUCGAGCAGCGAUUUCCGUUGCGGAGGGGUUCUAUAAGAAUUUAGUGGAGUAUUUGCUGGCGACGGAAUCGAAGUGGGAUGGGGAUGAUGGGAGAAUUGUGGCCACGGCGCUUCAUCGUGCUGUGGGGGAGGUCAAACAGAAGAAUAGGGAUCCCUUGUCUUGGGCGACGUUCAUUCAUGUCGGGGCUUAG